UCAGAUGAAAAUUCGUAUAUGUUAUGCAAAGUUGUGGAAUACGAAUUUGAUGAAAAAGCUCGUCGAAGCGUUGAUGUUGGCGUUGGACAUUUGCGUCUAUUGCCUCAGCUCUUCGAUAAUUUUCUCCGAAUCUAUCCGGAUGCCCUUCUUCCAGGUGAUUAUUCCCGUUGAUUUGAUUACUUCUCAUUACCAGCCUCUUUUAAGAGUUAAUACUUGCGUUUUUGUGCAUCUGAUUCUCUUGAAUGGUUACAUCCCGUUGUUUGUUAUUGGAAGUUAA